AACAAUUUGACUCCGUAACCAAGUAGUCACCAAGGCGUCGCACCGUUGCAUUCCCGGGAGUAACCUCCACUGGCUACGGGUUACAGUGACCGGAUCCACGGCCUCUCGUGGAAGCGGACGUGACUCUCCGGAAGGACGCACCGCGAGAGAGAGCUUUCGUCGUCGUCGUCGUCGUCUUCGUCAUCGUUGCUUCCAACGGGAGGAGCGAGGGGCUUCAUCGUGAACUCUUUCUAUAAAUACUGAGGAGGAGGAGGAGGAGGAGGGGGAACGGAGAAAAAGAGCUGCGGGAAAUAAAGACCGAAGUCGUCCCUUUCUCUACUACAUGUCCCCGGAACGCCGCUUCGUGUCGGAUACGCUACUACUUAUAAAUAGUAGAAAACCUCUCCUGUUUGUUUUCUUCCUUCUUUGGUCCCCCUAAUUCCUUUCCUUUCACCUCUUCUCUUCGGAAAAAGGGGAUUCUCUUGCUCGUUUGACGCCGGUUCUUAGGGUUCUUCUCCAGCUCCGUCGCGUCGAGGGUCGUGGUGGUGGGUCGGGCGAAUCGAUCCGAUCGCUGUCUUUAUCUUCCUGUCUCUCCCUCCCUCCCUCCCUCCCUUGCUGUUUAUUUGAUCCGGAAUCUGGGAUAAAAAGGCAGAUGACUUCUUGAACGCCACGCCCAACAGAUCUCGCGCGAUCGCCUCACGAAUUGGAGCUCCGUGUCAGGGUUUGAUGUUAUGCUGAAUUUUUCACAUGAGGCUUGUAAAGUGAUAUCUGGUGCAGCAUAUGAUGAUAUCAGAUUUUGUUACUGUUGUACAAUAUUAAACACAUGUCCUGAGUCCCUACACUAUUUGUGAUCUCACAAUUCCUGAAACUUUACUUACAAAGCAAGAUGCUGAAGUCAGUCCUGGAGCACCCAAAUGUUCCUUCACCAGCAGGAUUUCUGCAUCAAUAUGUUCAUCGUAUGAGUGGCAAACAUUCUCAGACAGAAACCGUACAGCACACGUCUCCAGUUGUUUUUUCUGAAACAAGAGGCAAGGUAAAAUCCUUUGAGCAAAUUGAUGCCAAUGGCACCAGUGAAGAUCCUGUAAAGCUAAAGGUACAUGAGCAUAGAUUAGAUAUUGGAGAUGAAAAGUCUAGCUUGCUAGGAUAUGAAGUUUUCUCUGGGAAGCUUGUUCUAGAUAAGAAAACCAAAACUACAGGGGAUGAUGAGCAAACAGGGUCAGGACCUGGAAACUCUGAUAGCAUUGAUGCAAAGCUUACAACCAAAGCCCUGAUUUGGGGUUCUCACGUGCUAUCUCUUGAAGAUGUGAUAUCUAUUUCCUAUGGUGCUUGUUUUCGUCAUUUUACUAUUCAUGCAUACAGUGUCAGGAGGAGGUCAUAUGGACUUUCUUGUUUUAUGAAACCACAAAGAUCUCAAAAGGACUUCCGCUUCGUAGCAUCUAGUUCAGAGGAAGCCAUUAAGUGGGUCCAGAGCUUUGCAGAUCAGCAAUGCUACAUAAACCGCUUAGCUCAUCCAAUGAUGUCUAGCAAGAAGCAGACCUCUAAUCUUGUGGUCACUGAGGCCUUGUAUGACCUGCCAUAUAUAAAAUGUAAAAGUCCACCGAGGUUACUUGUGAUACUGAAUCCUCGUUCUGGGCAUGGUCGAUCAAGUAAAGUAUUCCACAACCAAGUAGAACCAAUUUUCAAGCUUGCAGGUUUCAAAAUGGAAGUGGUUAAAACAAAAUAUGCUGGUCAUGCAAGAGAACUUGUUUCAACUAUUGAUUUCAGCACUUGCCCUGAAGGAAUCAUAUGUGUUGGUGGGGAUGGAAUUGUGAAUGAGGUCCUCAACGGUCUUUUGAUUAGAGAUGAUCAGAAGGAAGCGAUUUCUGUUCCAAUCGGUAUAAUUCCUGCUGGUUCAGACAAUUCGCUUGUCUGGACCAUAUUGGGGGUUAGGGAUCCUAUUUCUGCUGCAAUGACUAUUGUAAAGGGGGGGCUUACUGCUACAGAUGUUUUUGCUGUCGAAUGGAUUCAGACUGGAGCUAUCCAUUUUGGGACAACUGUUUCAUACUUUGGUUUUCUCAGUGAUGUUCUGGAGCUGUCUGAGAAAUAUCAGAAGCGAUUUGGUCCACUACGCUAUUUUGUGGCUGGAUUUCUUAAAUUCCUAUGCUUGCCAAAAUACAGCUUUGAGUUGGAGUAUCUUCCCACAUCAAAGGAGUUGGGAAACUCAAAGGAAAAAGUUUUAGAAAAUCAAGAUAAAAUUGUUAUGUCAGACCUUUAUACAGAUAUAAUUCAUGAGUCGAGAAAAGAGGGCAUCCCAAGGGCUUCCAGCUUAUCCAGUAUUGAUUCGAUUAUGUCUCCAAAUAGAAUGUCUGGUGGAGACAUGGGCACUACAGGCAGCACAAUUGCUAGCAAUGAGCCAUCUGACUAUGUCCGAGGGCUUGAUCCCAAACUAAAGCGCCUCUCUUCAGGGAAGAAUACCUUGGUGUCUGAACCAGAUGAAGUACUUCACCCCCAACCUCACCUUUCUGCUAAUUUUAACUGGCCAAGGACCAGAUCAAAGUCAAGGACAGACAAAACUUGGACUGGCCUGACUGUCACAAAUGAUUCCAGGUGUUCCAGGGGAGCCACUUCUUUGUAUGAUAAAGAAGAUAUAUCAUCAACGGUGUCUGAUCCUGGACCCGUAUGGGACUCUGAAGCAAAGUGGGAUACAGGGCCGAAGUGGGAUGCUGAGCCCAACUGGGAAGGUGAGAAUCCUCUUGAGUUGCCAGGGCCACCAGACGACUUAGAACUAGGAAUGAAGCUGGAACCUGUUCCAAGUCUAGAGGACAAGUGGUUUGUUAAAAAAGGCAAAUUUCUUGGCAUUUUGGUGUGCAACCAUUCAUGCAAAACUGUCCAGAGUUUGAGUUCUCAGGUCGUGGCUCCAAAAGCUGUACAUGAUGAUAACAGUUUGGACUUGUUAUUAGUUGGUGGAAGUGGGAGAUUGAGAUUGUUAAGAUUUUUAAUCUGCUUGCAGUUUGGUAGGCAUCUAUCUCUGCCUAAUGUGGACUAUGUUAAGGUAAAGUCCGUGAAGAUUAGGCCUGGCUUAACCACUCAUAAUGGCUGUGGUAUCGACGGGGAACUUCUUCAUGUCAAAGGGCAAAUUAUGUGUUCCUUGCUUCCCGAUCAAUGCAGACUGAUAGGACGUCCUGCCCAACAUUGUAAAUGACUGUAAAAAACUCUGAAAUCAGCAGCGCUUCUACCGGGAGUGUGCUCCAUUUCUCUUCCAAUAUAUGGUAAGCAGCUGUGUGCUAGUAGAAUGUUAAAAUGUCAACGAGGACAUGACCCAAAGCGUCAGUUCCAUUAGGAGCCACCGCUUUGCUUGGGGAAAUAUUUAGAAGACAUGAUCAGAGAAACCUACCUUGUUCCUGGUGUAUAUAGUGUGGUGCUUUUGGCAGCAUCUGCGAGUGAUGAUUUUUUUUUCUUUUCUUUGUUCUUUUAACUCCUCCGAAUUGGAACCUACAGUUUGCUUAUUUUCUUGUUUGUCCAUUUUAUUAUAUUCCUUUUGGGGGCAGUUCUUGGUUUUCACUGGAAUUGUUUUCUUAAUUAUAUAUUCUUGUACUGUAUAAA